AUGUCGGAAGCCUACGAACGCGAGCGCCAGAACAACGCGCGCCUCGAGGAGCUGUCGGCCAAGGUGUCGUCGCUGCGCGGCGUCACGGUCGACAUCUACGACAACGCGCGCGCGCAGGACGUCAUUGACAACACCUCCGACACCUUCUCGUCCAUGUCGACGCAGCUCAAGGGCUCCGCCGGCCGCCUGACGCGCAUGGCCGCCUCCGGGAACAAGGUCGCCAUAUUCAAGCUCUCGGCCAUCAUCAUCGGCGCCUUCCUCGUGCUGUACUACCUGUGCAAGCUUCUGUUCCGCGGCUCGCCCGCUUGA